AUGCCUGAGGCUGCAAGACUGAGCUCGGCGAAGACGCUCUCGUCGCAACUCGAAGCUCGGAAGUCCGUCCACGGCCCUUCUCUUCUUCUCUUCUUCUCCUCCACCAAUCGCCCGCGGACUGCUUGUGCUCUCGUUGAAAACGCACUGGGACCGAUAUUGAUCAAGCGAGGCUCUACGGCGCCCACGCACUUUCGUCGACCGCAAAGCUGUCCCGCGUACAUACCGUGCGAACUUAACUCUCGAACAACCCUCCUUCGUCUACGUUCCUCCUCUCCUCCCUCCCCCCUUCCACCUCCGAAGCGCUCCAUCCAUUCGCAUACCCCCAGUUCGUCAUCCAGUUCGCAGGACUCGACUCCUGCUGACUGGAUUGCAUCCAAAUCGACUUUCUUCCCGCCCGCGGGCUGCGGCGCGACUCUCGGCGCCUUUGUCCACCCGCCGCCUCGCCUCAAAACCCCCCUCAACACCAGCGCUUCGCGCAAUUCGCCCUCCCCGUCGACCACCGUUCCUGCGCUCAAUCGUCCAUCAAGCAUCUUCGUUCAUCUCGCGGCCUUCCUAUCCGCAUGUCCUCCUGCCAGGAAUGACACCUCUUUCCUCUGCGACGGCCUCUCGCUAGUCCUUGCCCAAAAUGAUGAGCGCCGCGUCUUUCUUAACCCCUCUGGGCGAACGUCCCCCGCAAUACCGCACUCCGUCCCCCCGCGACGCGCCGUUGAACCCAUCACACCCUCCACUGCAGAAUUUAGAGCUUCAUGGGCCGAGCGUGGUCUAUACCGAGCCACCAGCCUCGAUCGUGAUCCGCGCCCGACAAAUCAAAAUCGAAAUGCUUCAGACGGUGGUUCACAACACCGGUCGGGCCAUGGCCGGUCAAACUCGACUAUCGACACACUCGCGACGAUUGCUCUCGCCACGAGCCCAACCUUCACGCCGCUUCCACACCAACCUCCCUCCCCAAAUCCUCGAUCGACUGUUCCCUUAUUUCCUCCAGAAUCACCCACAUCCGAACGCCCCGCGAAACGCCCCCGAUCUGACCGAGACCCAUCACCAUAUCCCUCCCGGGGAAUACCACCGGAUAACAACACUCACUUGAAUUUCCUGGACAGCAUGACGACCGAUGCAGAACUUCUGCUCAAUCUUGCCCGGCCCACAAACUUCCAUCCCAACGGCCAUGCGAAACGAGUCAGCAUUGACGAGUCCUACCACCACCAUUAUGGUGGAGAGCCGCAGAGACAUCACCGAGUUGGCUUCGCCUUCGGAGACUAUACUGGACCGGAGGAUACAAAGCCUGUCUAUUUUCCCGAAGACAGUAUUCCACCAUCGCGCAUGAGGUCGCGAUCCGACGGAUCAGCGUUUAUGUCGCGUCCUGUGAUCCGCGGUGUGCGGCCAACUACCAGUUCCGGUACCUUGUCUUCCAUUGUGUGGGAGGAGGACCGUGAAGAAAGCAACUCAGCAGACGUGUCUCGCUAUGCCGGGUAUGGAGAACAUCGAUUUGCCGGUACGCAAGAUCCUCACAGCCUCCGCAAAACGAUGGAUGUGACACCCAAGGUUGAAGAGGAGGACAAGGAUUCGAAUCAAGCUAGCUGUGCCGCAUGCCACUUGGUACGAAUCCCGGUCGAAUCAGAGGAACAGCAAGACGAAGAUACAUGGAUCGGUUGCGAUGGGUGCAAACGCUGGUUCCACAUUCUGUGUGCUGGCUUCAAAAAUGACCGAGAGGUUCGCACCGUCGACAAGUUUAUCUGUCGUGAAUGCCGGCCCAUUCAUGGACAGACCACGUUUGUGAGAAAAUCCUCACGAGCUCGUACGGCAAUCGACUAUGCGGGUCUUAAUCAGGGCCUUGUCAAGGCUGCUAGCGAUUCUUUGGAGCACCACUAUCUUGAGCCUAUCCGCCAAGGCAAAAUUCGUUUCCUUCCUGAAAACUUUCCUCGAAUGAAACCGGAGUUGGUCACGGCCGAAUACUUUGAACGUGGUAAUGGAUGGACAGAGCCUGUCGUCAUUCCUGCGUGCUGGAAUACGCGUGAACCUGUCGCGGAACUAGACCAAGAGUUUGAGACCCUUGUGCAGGAGGCUUGCUCUCAAGAAAUGUUCGACGAUCUACUCGAUCAUCUCCCCGAACAGGAGACCCAAGUCGAGGAAACAAUCGACUAUGGUCAGGAUGAGCUAGAUAUGGUAAUCCCGCAAGGACUCACUGUUCGAGCCGUGGCUGAACUCUACGGUCCUGAAGAGCGAGUCGAGGUUAUUGAUGUCAAGUCACAACAAGGAGAAGAAAAAAGAUGGAAUAUGCACAAAUGGGCCGACUACUAUGAAAGCAAUGAGCCUCAUAAACCCGUUCGAAAUGUCAUCAGCUUGGAGGUGUCGCAAAGCCGUCUCGGCAGGCUCAUCAAACGGCCUAAGAUCGUACGCGAUCUGGAUUUACAAGAUGCUGUCUGGCCAGAAGAACUCAAGGCUGCUGGCGACUUCCCCAAAGUUCAAUUUUAUUGUCUGAUGUCAGUCGCUGACUGUUACACUGACUUCCACAUUGACUUUGGUGGAUCUUCAGUGUACUAUCACAUCCUCAAAGGCAAGAAGACGUUCUUUUUCAUUCCUCCUAAAGACAAGCACCUGAAGAAGUACGAAGAGUGGUGCAAUUCUCCUGCUCAGGAUUCUAUCUUUCUCGGAAAUCAGACCAAAGAGUGCUAUCGAGUGGAUCUGUCAGAGGGCGACACUAUGUUGAUCCCGUCCGGCUGGAUUCAUGCGGUCUGGACUCCGGAAAAUAGCCUUGUCAUCGGUGGAAAUUUCCUCACGCGUCUGAAUUAUGGUAUGCAGAUCAAGGUGCUCAACAUUGAGAAGGACACCAAGGUCCCGAAGAAAUUCCGAUACCCUUUUUUUCAAAAGAUCCAGUGGUAUACCGCUUUGCGGUAUCUGGAAGAUGAUCCUAUCCCGCAGAAUGUUCUGGAGGCCUUUGCGCAAGACGAAAAUUAUCGAUUUCACCGGCAUUAUCCCAUCUACUAUGAUUUCGGUCAACGCGCCAAUCAUGAAGAGUCUGGGUCACCUUAUUUCAACGCUCGCUUCUAUUCUCAGGCUGAGCUGGAGGGCCUGCCAGAAUUGACAAAAUACCUCCUGCGAACAGCACUCAUAGCCUCUUCCUACAGCGUUGAUGGCAUCACCAUGGAGGUCCGAAAUGCCGUCAGGCGCUCCAUUCCUAAGGGGAUUGGAGACCCUGUGGACAUGAUUCGCAAAUUUGGACUUUGGGUGGCUUGGAAGCGUGGUAAUGAGCGAGCUCCUCAGUGGACUCAUCCCGGUGUUAUCGAAAGCAAUCCGAAGGUGUCUCUCGCUGAAAAAAGACCCGCCGGUCGACCUAGUCGGCGUUCCGAUCGCAAUGUGGAUAGUCAACGUACAUAUGCUGAGAGACAAGCAGUCCAACGGCCUUCUCACGAACCCAUGACAACCCCGCUGCCCCAAGUCAGCAGCGCAACCUACACCCUUUCGGAAAGCACAACACCUGUGCCAGCUGCGUUCUUACCAGAAUUUGUCGCCCGGGAGGCUUCAACUCCCAAGCCACGACCUUCCCAACGCGGUUCAGGCCUAGGGCCAAAGCGCGUCGCGUGUGAUGCCUGCCGUCGACGACGCAUUAGAUGUCGACACAAGGAUGAACCAAGCGACCUCAUGCUUGGUAGGCAGAUGGCUGUGAAUGGAUUCGGGUCAACGUCGGGUCUCAGCACCCCCUCAUCUUUAGCUCAAGACGCUGUUUCCGCCUUAAAUUCUUUGGCAGCAAUUGCUACCCAGGCUGGUUUUCAAAGCAAUGGAGUGGUUGGCCUGGAACACUUUGACGGCCCGGCAAAACUCCAUUCUGUUGCAAUGGGGGCCUCAACCGUGGCUGCGAACAGGCUGAAUGAUGUGAGCCCGGAUGGCACUCAUAGCGGGAAGAAAGGGCGGAGCAAGGCUUGUGACGACUGUCGCAAAAGCAAGCGUCGCUGCAUCCAUGAUGAGUACGGCAGGGUAGACCCGAUCAAAGCCCAAGAGCGAUCGAAGCCUCGUGGGACUGCUUCGGCAAAGCGACCUCGACCUCAAGAGGAUGAAAGCACGCCUGCAGCAGUAAAGAAAACAAAGCAGGAGAGCACUUCUCCAGUUGCCCAUCCCAUUAACUUCGAAAGCAUCUCAUCGAUGGCUAUUCCCCAACACAUACCGGACACUGCCUAUGAUUCUGAAGCUGUUCAUUAUAGUGCCGCAGGCCAGGCUAAACUGCAGCCUCUUAAUGAGGGCGAAGUGACCGUUGGUCAAGCCUUAUAUGCAUCUCCUCUUGUCUUUCAUGCUGAUGUGAUUGAGACCAAGGAUGCGAAAUCGAUGUCCGUUUCCUCGAAACCGACCACGUCUCUCGUGUCUCCACCUACGUCGCUGGCCGACGAGAUGGACGCCAUGCAGGAUGGUGAGACAUUGGUGUCUGUCGAAGGCGAAGGGUCCAUGGCGCUGCACACGCCCAACUCCAGCUCCCGUCACUCAUCUCGGCAACCUCGACAUGUCGAACGGUUUGUGCCAGAAGCGACCAUUGCUGCGCGGGCGUCUAAACCAGCGGUGAAAGUAUCAACUUCCACCUUCCGCAAGACCACCCCUGGUCUGCCACCAUCGACCAAGAAACCCUCUUCCCGCCCUUCAUCCUCACACGCCAAGAAAAGCUCGCCAAUGGUUGAGCGGACCUUUGAUCGCCACGCCACUACUUCAUUGUCCCCUCACCAGCAUAGCAAGUAUGCGAAGCCCCGUGUAGAAAAUGACACCGAUGCCGAGAGUCUUCGAUUGAUCCGUGAGCUUCAAGAAGAGGAGUUCGGAUUGCGAAGACGACGAGGCUAA